AGGUUCUAAAAUAUAGUAAGCAUUGUAGAGUCUGUGACAAAUGCGUUGAUGGCUUUGAUCAUCAUUGCAGGUGGAUCAAUAACUGCAUAGGAAGAAAAAAUUACAAAAGGUUCUUCAUCCUCAUGGUGUUUGCUCUUCUCUUGCUUAUUCUGCAGUGGGCUGUUGGGAUGCUUGUGCUGAUACUGUGUUUUGUUGAGAGAAGGAGAUUUUCUGCUGAAAUUGUUUCAAAGCUGGGUAGUAGCUUUUCCUUGGCACCCUUUAUCAUUGUGGUGGCUGUGUGCACUUUAUUAGCCAUGGUUGCUACUCUUCCAGUUGCACAACUUUUCUUCUUCCAUAUUCUUUUAAUAAAAAAGGGAAUCAGCACCUAUGAUUACAUUAUUGCUUUGAGGAAGCAAGAUCAGGAGCAGGAGCAACUUGCUGUUGGUGGGCAGCAAAGUCCGCAAAUGUCCCAAGUGAGCUCUUUUACUGGACUAAGCAGCACCAGUUCUUUCAAUCAAUUCCAUCGCGGUGCAUGGUGUACUCCGCCAAGAUUAUUCCUUGAGGAUCAGCUCUCGCUGGAAAGCUAA